UACAAUAGCAACAAAUAUUUGGCAGCCUACAAGGAUUUGUAAAACGGAUUCAUCAAAGUUUCAAUAAUAUCCAUGAUUUACAUAAAAAGUAAAUCUGAAAAUAACUUAUGGUUGGAAAUCAACAAGAAAGGAGAAUUGACGAAGGAAUUAAUUGUGUUGUUUAUUUUUACCUUUUCUUAUGGCACUGCUGUAAAUUUGCAUCACUAUACUUUUCGAUAUUGGGGUUAUUCAGUUAGAAGAUGUGAAAUACCUGUCCUAGAAGACAGUUUCAAUUUUGAUCAAGUUUUAGAUAUUUCAACCUAUGGAGUUACACCCGAAGUAAGAUUUCCUGGUUCUAUAAUCUACUGCAAAUAUGCUGAUAGAGAUUAUAAUAGUUUAUUAAAAAGCAAUAAUAAUAAUUACGAGUCCAUAAUGAAAUCUUUACGAAUCGAUAAAACUCCUUUCAACGAAAAGACGUGCGCUUAUAAAAUAAAAGAGCGAAGACUUGAACCACAAUUGUCCCUUCUAUCGAAAUCGUUUCAAAAUAUUUUCGAUGAGAGAAACAAAACGUGUAAAGACUUCAAAUAUUACAGAAUCACACAAAAAAGUCAGUUUCUGGGCGUAAUUUUUGGUGCGCUAUCAAUGUCCACAUUGGCUGACAGAUAUGGGCGACGCCCAAUAUUUAUUGGUUGUUAUAUUUGUGAAUUCCUGGGACUUCUUUUGUUCUUUGUACCUUUUGUUUCAUGUAUGAUUUUGGGUAAUUUCUUAACUGGUAUUGGACUAUACGGAUUUUUAGUACUUUACAUCAUUUUAACAGAGCGAUGUGACAGAAAAAGAAGACUUAUAUUGGGAACAAGUGUCUUAGUUUGUAUCCCGCUUUCCAAAAUUAUCGGUGUUAUAAUAGAAGUAGUGGGAAAUAAAUGGAUGUAUCCCAUCAUUACAAGUCUAACCAUCUUAACAAUAAUAGCCCCUGUAAUACACUGGUUUGUGGAUGAGCCUCCUAAGUAUUUAAUGUACAGCGGCCGAGUACAGAAAUGUAUCAAAGUGUUGGAAAAAUACGGUUACCGAAGAGACACUGCGUCGAAUGUACCAAAGAUGCCUGUCAUUAGCACAACUUUUAUUGCGACGCGUUUUUUUCAUGCAAAACUUAGAGCAAGACACGCGUACUCGUUCUUUUUAUCGUAUUUACUUAGCAUUGUUGGCGUUAUACACGAAACCCACGCAGUAAUUACUGGUAAAUUUGAUAUGACUGUAGCCAAUAUUCUAACCGGAAUAUUCGAAUGCAUCCACAUAGGAAUAAUGUGCUUCAUAAUUUCUCGAGAUUUGUACGGAAGGAAGGACUUCAUAUUCACUUUUUUUCUGACAAUGACGCUAACUCAUAUGUUCGUUUUCGCCCAAUACGAUCGUACAGAAUUAUUUAUAUCGGUAUUAUUUUUAUUCGUAUAUUCUUUGGGACACGCGGGACUCUACUUCCUGCUCUUUUACUACAUGGAGCUGUACCCAACCCGCAUCCGAGUUUCCUGCUUGUGCCUGAACGUUUUAGGAAUAUCUUUCGGAGUUCUGACCAGCAUUGGUUUAUCCUCAUUGAAUUUGGACCCUUUAGCUACUGUAUUUUUCCCAGAAUUUGUAGCAUCGACUAUAUGCUGGCUAAUGUCCUGCUUUGCCUGUGAAACAGUAGGAAUCGAUAUACCCGACAAUUUAAGAGAAACUCCUUGAUUAUAAUUAACUUCAACAUUUUGACGACGGAGUGCAUCCUAUGACCAACAACCCCUAAACCUUCAGAACAGCAUGCUGCUUAAAAGGCAAAUACACUUUGCCACCAAAAGCAUCUAUUAAAGCUUAAAAACUUUCUCACUCUGCAAGAGGCAGACGGAAACGAUUAUAAAAGACAGUAGCGUAACGUGGGGGGCGCAAAUGUGGACGGCAAAUUUAAGCUUCGCCCUGGGUGGAAGUAAUUCACGCUACGCCACUGAUAAAGGGAAAAUGAAAGCUUUGUGGAAUAUAAAAUUGGGCAGCAACUUUGCCACCAAGCAAACGGGGAAAGUAUAAAAAUCCUACCUUAGUAUCACGGCGCCGAUCGAACGACUUAAAAAGAAAGAAAAUCGAAUCGAAAAACACUAAAAUACGAUCACUACUACUACUUUUUUCGUAUACUGUGGCAACUUCCAUCUUGCCAAAACCCCCGCACUUACGCACGGUACUGUACGCACUCCCGCCACAAAAACCUUUCACAACCCGACUGAAAAAUUCCCUAAAAAAAAACAAACCGGACCGAGAGACCGAACGCGACCUGAAAAAAAGCCCUACAUUAAUACACCCCCGAGGUGUCGCGACCCGGAGUGUCACUACGAAUGUCCAGUCACUAACAAACCGGCGAAUGCAAAAAAAAAUACAUAUUACAACAAUAUAAACGGUUUAAAAAAUUGCAGCCCUACAAGUACCUCCUUGAUAAAAAUUUGACUAUUCAACUACCACUGAUUGGAAUUUAAUUACCUGUAUGUCUCGACUUACAAGAGGCAAGCAGAGACUUCCAAAGUUAAACAAAAUUUAUGGGAAUAUGAAACUGGG